UCCACUCAAUAAUAAACUAUGUGAUCUAAAAUGUAAACUCUCCAUCAGCUUUUCGGCCGGAUCCAAAUCUAAUCACCAAAACACCCUUUGUCUUUCUCCUUUUAUAACCACCACCACCACCACAAACCAACAUUGUGACCUUAGCUCCAAUUCCCCAAAAAACAAGCUAUAACACCCAAAUAAUGGACUGGUACUCUUGGCUAUCACAAUCGGGCCUUGAGCCGUCCCUUGUUUAUGACUACUCCCUCCUCUUCUCUCACAAUGAGCUUGAAGAGGAGGACAUUGUCUACUUCAACCAUGAGUUCCUCCAAAGCAUGGGCAUCUCAAUUGCCAAGCACAGGCUCGAGAUCCUCAAGCUGUCCAAAAAGUUCAACAGAAAACUCCCUCAUCAGUCGGUCGUCAGACUUCUGUCUGCGGUCAACAGGACCAAGAAGUGUCUUGUCAGGUACUUCAAUACGAAGAUCGUCAGUCGGGACCGGUCGGCGAUCGUCAUCGUGCCGAAGACGCCGCCAUCCUCAAGUUCUGACGGCGGCGGACGGUGGAAGGGGGGCAUGCUCAAGAGGAACAUGAGGGUGGUGAUGCUGAAGAAAGAUAGGCUGUUGAUCACUGACGGAAAGCCGGGCACAAAUCCAGCAAGCCCGAUGGUGGCGGUCGGCGGUAAGGGAGGUGGAGAUGGAGGUGGAGAUGGAGAGGAAAUAAGAUGGGACUCAAUGUUUCAAGAUUUGAAGCCCACUUGAUGGGAACCGAACACUAGUCAGCGAGGGGAGUGUGUGCACAUGGAUGGUUUAUUUGGGGGUAAGUUUGAGACAGUGCAGUUUGCUUUUGCUUGUUAUGCUUAUUACUGUUACAUUACUGUGUUGGGGGAUGUGAUUGUAAAAACUAAAGUAGAAUUUUGUUAAAGGUUGCAUCAUGUAAAUGGGACUGAUGAUCGGUUAGGUGAUCGCGUAUGAUGAUAAUUAAUUUGUGAAAUGCAUUCUAGUUGUUGUGGUA